CAGAAUUUCACGCACGUUCCGCAGUAGUCGGGGGUCAAAAGGCUACCUCAGAGUCACGAGUCAAUUGGCUGAAAGUGGAAAUCUCGGAAAGCUGCAAUCAUUAAAGCUGCAGUGUCCAUCAGUCAGUCUGGUGAUGGAACAACGCAAAGUUCAGGUUCCGACUCUUUCCUUCAGUGUGGAGUCGCUUAUUGCCUGCGACAAGAGAACCAAGGAGCGGCGGAAAAGUUCCGAUUAUUCGGUCGGUCAAAGUCACAAGUCAUCGCACCAAAGUGCGGAAAGUUCCCUCAAGUCGGAAUCUCCGGAACCGGAGGAGACCGAAACAGACUGGUCACCUGGAUGUCCGUAUUCACACACACGGCAGGUCAGUCCACAGUGCACACUGCGCAAACACAAGUCUAACCGCAAGCCACGCACACCCUUUACCACAGCUCAGCUACUGGCACUUGAGCGCAAAUUCCACCAAAAGCAGUAUCUGUCUAUUGCAGAGCGUGCCGAGUUCUCCAGCUCCCUCACACUUACAGAGACUCAAGUGAAGAUCUGGUUCCAGAACCGUCGUGCAAAGGCCAAGCGACUGCAUGAGGCAGAACUCGAGAAAAUCAAACUGGCUACUAAAUCUCCUCUGACUCCAUGUCCAUCCUUUGCUGUGGCACUGCCUGUCGGGCAACCGCUCUAUAGCAACUCCUUUCCUUACCAGAGGCCUCUGGUGCCUGUUUCACCACUCGGAGUGUACGAAACGGCGCUGGGAUUUGGCCUGUAUCACCUGGCAUGAUUGGAUAUAAUGAAACAACCAAAAACUAAAACCAAUUUGUGAAUGCAAAACACUGGAUCAGUCAGAGAUCUCAAAAGUGCCUAAAUGAACCCUUUACCUUGCCAAACUGAUUUGAUAUCAUUACUGUGGGGGUAAAUGCAUCCAUUGCUUUGUAUUUGUGUGUACAGUAUUUGCUUUUUAUUAAUCUUAAUGUAAUGUAUUGUAAUUCAAAUUAUUCUUUAUAUUCCAAAUAUGGAUUUUGUUCUACUGAUGUCUGUUUUAAAUAAUUGCUUUUAGGUUGAUCAGCUUUGUACAUCGAUCUAAAAACAAACUGCAGGUUAAUUGUCAAAGCUGAUUAAGUGAGGCUUUUUGGAUAUAACAGAUCUUUUGUGCGGUUAUUUCAUAAAACAACGAUUUAUUUUCCCAAGAACAAACAAUGUAGGAAAAUUUAUACUAGUUAUUUCUUUUUACAGUCUUUUGGCUCAAAUAUUAUUUUUGUACUUUGUACAUAAAGUAUUUUUUUCCUGCAAGACCUUUGAAAAUGGUCACAUUGUACAGAUAAUGGCUCAAAGUUAUUUUUUUUUCCAAUAGACAAUAAAAUUAUUACCUGUGGAUUUACCGUUA